AUGUGCAUGAUGAUUGGCACUUGUGUCAACAUUGCCGGUUUCCAGACCAUUGAAGAUGAGAACCUCUUCAUUUUCAUUUUUUUCACGAUUUUUUGUGUCGCUGCGUCUGCCUUUAACGUGUACCUCACAUGGUACUACACCCAGGAUCUAUGGCAACACCACACCAGCAGCUGGUUCGAGAGUGUCGAAGGCAGCUUGCUGAAGACUGGGGGACCCGUGACGACCUUGCGCGACCUCCGGAAGGAGAUCGACCUUGGCUUCCGCGUCUUUCAAGUCUUGGUGCCGGGGGUGCUCUUUACUCCGUGCCUCCUCAGUCCGUUGAACAACUUUCUGAUUCCCUACUUACGGGAGUCUGCCUUACUGGUAUUGUUUGGACAAGGCAAAAGUGGUCGUGAAGCUGAGCGCUUCCUGGAGCCUCUUCCCAUUGGUUUGGCCUGGGAUUACCAGGGCCAUGUGACAUUGCCCUGCUGUUGCUGCCUCACGCUUUUCAUCAUGUCGCCCUCCAUGUGGUGGGCACAGGCAUAUCUCUGCAUUUGGGCCUUCUUCUUUUACCUCUUUCAGCGCUUCAUGCAUUUGCGGGUCUGCAAGAAGAUGUAUUGCACCUCCAACAAGUUGGAUUCCAUGGUGCUGUACUUCGGUUGGGGCUUGCUGUUGGCGGAGUUGGCGGCUUGCCAUGCCUACUGGCGCGUGCGGUUGCAAGAGUGGGAAUGGAUUUCCAUCUUGCAGUCCGUGAUCAUGUCUUAUGCGAUCUACUGGACAUUGCUUUGGGCAUUGGGUGUUCCAUGGCCACUCCGUCUCCGUGGUGAGCUGGACGUCUUGGAACGAAGCCGAGAACGUUCCGACGAUGACCGUUGCCAGUCCUGCGAAGACUUUUGCUACAACUGGCUGAACGUGAACCCCGUCUAUGUGCUGAAGAGUCAGUACUGUGACUCUGCCAUGGAACCGGUGAUCUUCUACGAGCCCGGUAAAGAGUAUUUACAACUAGCACCGACAGAUGAGACUUGCGUCCAAAACACCAGCAAUCAGCGAUGGAAGAUGGCUACUUCAGGUCUAUGGUUGGAGUUGGAAGGUUUGGGAUGCAUCGGCAUCACUCCGUUCUUGGAUUCUGAGGUUUGUGGCUCUGACAUGGUCAUGAGCCCUGCGGAUCGACUGCAAGAGGAAGGAUUGCUGGCGCGACAGCAUGGAUUGGAUGGUCAGUCUGACGGUCUUUCCGGAAUGGAUGGAUCAGGAUCUUUGCCUUUCGCUGGAACUGGAGGUGAGCAGUCUGAGCAGGUGACAGUGGAGGUGGAUGACAAAGCGGUCGAGCAGAAGCAGGCUGACGAACCUGUGAUUGGAGCAGAAGCCGAGGACACACAGCUGCUCCCAGAACAGCCCGCAGAUGUCGAGCCGGAUGUCGGUGUUGAGGAGAAGCCAUUGCCGGGGCCAAGCCAAGCUGAAGAGCCCGAGAAGAAUGCGGACGCCAAGGAUGAAGACAAAGCAGACAAGGCGGUUGAACAUGAAAAAGCUGGUGAUUUGCCAAAGAAGGCCUUAUUACCAGUUCCAAGCCCAGAGGUCAGCUUGGAGAAGGAAGUGUCUUCCCGAUCCAUGUACAGUUUGUUGGCUCAGAGCUCCAACGCGACGCCGCACAAGCCUGAAGAGGAAGUUCGGUGGUCUGCCAUAGCGACGGAGGAAAGUUCCGAACUGCCAGGCUGUUCCCCGAAGGCCAAAGAUUCGCCACCGGCCGACACCGCAACCGACACCGCAACCGGGACCCCUGACGCGCCUGACGCGCCGGACGCUCCUGACGCGCCGGACGCUCCUGAUGCGCCGGACGCUCCUGAUGCGCCGGAUGCGGAUCCCAUGCCACAGCCCGAAGCGUCCGACGAGGCGAAAAAAAAAGAGCCGAUUGCGCUGCAACUUGCACAGACAGCCCAAGAGGAGCAGGAAGCGAUGCAAGAUAUCCUUGACUGGGAGGCCAGUGUCAAGGACUCCGUUGAUGCCAGCGUGGCUCUCGCAGUGUUGUGCCAUGUUGUGCCUUUGUGCGACCGCUCUUGGCUGAAGUGCCAUCGGGACGUCUCCGGGGCGGAAAGCCACCAUGACAAGCAACGCGACAUGGUUCAUGGAUGCCGCCGCGCAGGGCGGCGGCACUCCAGCAGGCACUGGCAAGGCUCCGACUGA